CGGGCCCCACCCACUGUGCACCCUGGUCCCCGCUGCGGGAUGCGUUGCCCUGCGUGGGGGACAAACGCGGGGACCGAGACGGCCGGGCCGGGCCGGGCCAACGCUGCCCUCCUCGCCGAUCCCCUUCCGGACCCCUCCCCAGUGCUCGGGUGUGGGGACCCUGACCCAUAGGCAGGCAAGGCUGGAGGGCCCCUCUCCUCCGGUCGUCGUUUCCCCGGGCGUUUCUCGAGAGUCUUCGCCCGCACCUCCCCCCGCCCCGCCCGCGCCAGGCCCCGGGUCCCCCCAGGGCUCAGUGUGCCUGUCCCCCUCCCCAGCCCGGUUUGGGCCCCUCUAGCCUCGGCCUGCAGCCCCCACAGCACCAUGAUCUCCGCCAAGGAAAAGAAUAAAAGCCCGAAGGACAGCAUGACGCUUCUGCCCUGCUUCUACUUCGUGGAGCUGCCCAUCGUGGCAUCCUCCAUCGUGUCCCUGUACUUCCUGGAGCUGACGGACCUUUUCAAGCCAGCCAAGGUCGGGUUCCAGUGCUAUGACCGCACACUGUCCAUGCCCUACGUGGAGACCAGUGAGGAGCUCAUCCCGCUACUCAUGCUGCUCAGCCUGGCAUUUGCGGCCCCCGCCGCCUCGAUCAUGGUCGGCGAGGGCUUGCUGUACUGCCUGCAGUCUCGGCUCUGGGGCCGCGGUGGGGGACCCGGCGGGGCUGAGGGCAGCAUCAAUGCCGGCGGCUGCAAUUUCAACUCCUUCCUGCGGCGCACGGUGCGCUUUGUGGGUGUCCACGUGUUCGGCCUCUGUGCCACCGCCCUGGUGACUGACGUCAUCCAGCUGGCCACCGGCUACCACGCACCCUUCUUCCUCACUGUGUGCAAACCCAACUACACGCUGCUGGGCACCUCGUGUGAGGCGAACCCCUACAUCACACAGGACAUCUGCUCGGGCCAUGAUACUCACGCUAUCCUGUCUGCACGGAAGACCUUCCCGUCACAGCACGCCACGCUCUCGGCCUUCGCCGCCGUCUACGUGUCGAUGUACUUCAACUCUGUCAUUUCGGAUACCACCAAGCUGCUCAAGCCCAUCCUGGUGUUUGCCUUCGCCAUCGCUGCGGGCGUAUGUGGGCUCACCCAGAUCACGCAGUACCGAAGCCACCCGGUGGACGUCUACGCUGGCUUCCUCAUCGGGGCUGGCAUCGCCGCUUACCUGGCUUGCCACGCAGUGGGCAAAUUCCAGGCUCUGCCCACCGAGAAGCCCACGGCCCCGGCACCCGCCAAAGACCCACUACGGGCGCUGACGCAGCGUGGCCACGACUCGGUUUACCAGCAGAACAAGUCCGUGAGCACCGACGAGCUGGGACCGCCCGGCCGGCUGGAGGGGGCGCCGCGGCCCGUGGCGCGCGAGAAGACGUCGCUGGGCAGCCUGAAGCGCGCCAGCGUGGACGUGGACCUGCUGGCCCCGCGGAGCCCCAUGGGCAAGGAGAACAUGGUGACCUUCAGCAACACCCUGCCGCGCGUCAGCACGCCCUCACUGGACGACCCAGCGCGCCGCCACAUGACCAUCCACGUGCCGCUCGACGCCUCCCGCUCCAAGCAACUCAUCAGCCAGUGGAAGCAGAAGGCGCAGGAGGGGCGCGCGCUGGGGCUCCCGGACGAGGCCAGCCCCGCGCACCUGCGCACACCCGCCGAGCCCAUGGCCGAGGAGGAGGAAGAGGAGGAGGACGAAGACGAGGAGGACGAAGACGAGGAGGAGGAAGACGAAGAGGAGGAAGAGGAGGAGGACGGGGCCCCCGCGCCACCCUCGUUGUACCCCACGGUGCAGGCGCGGCCAGGGCUGGGGCCACGCGUGCUGCUCCCGCCGCGCCCGGGCCCGCAGCCGCUCGUGCACAUCCCCGAGGAGGGCGCGCCGGCGGCGGGCGCGGGUUUGUCCCCCAAGAGCGGCGCCGCAGUGCGCGCCAAGUGGCUGGUGAUGGCGGAGAGGGGCGCGGCCCCGGUUCCUGCGGCCGCGGCACCGCCCCGCGCGCCCAACCCACCGCGCCUCCUGCAGGUGAUCGCCAUGUCCAAGGCGCCCGGCGCCAAGGCGGCGGCCGAGACUACGUCGUCGUCCAGCGCCAGCUCGGACUCCUCGCAGUAUCGCUCGCCCUCGGACCGCGACUCAGCCAGCGUGGUCACCGUGGACGCGCACGCACCGCACCACCCCGUGGUGCACCUGUCGGCGGCCGGCGCGCCCUGGGAGUGGCGGGCGGCAGGCGGCGCUGCACGGGUCCCCGAGGGCGACAGCGGCUACGAGCUGGGGGAUCUGGCCCGUGCUUUCCGCCCCGGCCCUCGGGCCCCGGGUACAUCCCCUGGCUCAUCCGUCAGCGACGCAGAGCAGGAAGAGCCGCGUUUCGCGGCCGUGGCAACGGUCAACCUGGCCACUGGUGAGGGGCUGCCCCCACCGGGCGCGGCGGAUGGGGUUUUGGGGCCCGGCAGCCGCGAGGCCACGCUGCGGCGCCCGGGCCCAGGCGAGCGCGAGGCGGGCGAGGCAGAGGCGGAGAGCUACUACCGCAGGAUGCAGGCCCGCCGCUUCCCGGACUGAGCGCGGGCCAAGGGGUGGGCGGGAGGGGACCUGGGCCAGGCCGUCUAGGGAUCAAUAAAGAGGCCAUUUGUUGACACCAAGGUCCCAGGUCGUUUGUGGGGAUCUCUGCCAGCCACUCUGUAGCCGGGGACCCACCUCAUUUCCAUGCGGGAGGAUGAAUCUCACCCUUUUAGGCCGUGUAGCCACCACAGGGCUUUGGGGCAAAGGAGUGGGGCCAAAGGGGGACUCCCAAGUGGGGAGAAGCGGAGGUUAAGUGGGCUGAGCUCACAGAAAAGAAAACAGCAGCAAAGACCAACAGGCCCAAUAAAGAGGGAAAUCAAGCACAGGACAUAGAAAUUUAUUCAAAGUCCAGGUACAGACUGGCUGGCUGCCUUCUACAAUGUGAACAGCAAGAAAGGUCUAGAGGAAAGGCCGGAGUUUGUUAUAAAAGUUUUAAUCAGUUCUUCCCGUUACAAGCCAUCGGAAUGGGCAAAUGGAAUGUGUGGCCAAGGCUUGCUGUGUGCAACACUGAGCCUGUAACCGCCAUUAUCAAAAUAUACAUCUGUCACCGUAAAAAACUGUGAUGUGCUGCCUCCGUGUCUGACAACAGGUAUAAAAAAAAAAAAAA